AUACUGCUCUCUUCGUUUUCCUCUCUCGCCUUUCGUAAAUCUUCUCCAUACCAUCAAAUUUAACUAAUACUGGUAUUCAAUUCAAGUUUAUACGUGUAUGAUUCCUGGCACAGGGUGGCAAGAAAAAGAAAAGAAAUACUACCGAUUAGUAUGAGGGGCGGAUCAAGUGGUCAAAAGCAGCUGUCCGGAAUGCAAAAACAAGUGCUUUCACUAUACAGGCAAUUCUUGAGAGCAGCACGGUCUAAACCCCAAAAGGAGGAGAGAAUGCAGAUCAAGUGUCUUGUGUCAACUGAGUUCCGCCGCAAUGCACUGGAAGUAGAUCGCAAGAAUUUCCUGUAUAUCGAGUACUUGCUUCGUCGCGGUAAGAAACAACUGGAUCUGCUCAAAAGCCCAGACACCGUCGGAUUGUCUUCUUUGAGUGUCCACCAUUCACCACCACAAACUAGAUAAAGGAUACAGGUUUCUUCCCUGCUCCCAUUCAUUAUUACCGAACUGUUUCUAGUGCUUCUACAAAAAGUGCAAAUAUUUUACCCGCCUAACGAACUUGCACGUUUCGCAUUAUCAUUAUAUAGUCUGAGAUGUCAAAGGUUUCUUUUUUUGUGUUGUCAUUGAAAUGAAAUGCAUUGCUGCUAGCUUUUUUCUUGUAUCUUGUUACAUAUAUGUAUUGUUUGGUCUUCUCUAAUAAAGGCAUAAUAGAAUA